UGGAUUCCCAUAAUUUUUUUUUUACUAAUUUAACCCUCACCGCUCAACAUUCAUAUAUACCCAUAAAUGUGUAUAUAUUAUGCAGAGAUGUAGACUCAUGUCGACUGUGAACUAGUCAACAGGGAGAGAUACAGUUUAGACAUACAUAUAGAGAGAGAGAGAGAGAGAGAGGGAGGGAGUGUAUUUUUUCUUCUCAUCGUUCUUUCCAUUUUUGUGGAAUAGAGAAACUUGUCCUCGAUUCAAGAGCUUUGGUGUUACUUCUGCUGCUUCAAAUGGGAAGGACAGUUUUACUCCGUUCAAUCUUUGUUGCUCUUGCUCUCUUUAGUGUUUGUAUGGUAAAAGCGGAAGAUCCUUAUUUCUUCUACACAUGGACUGUCACUUACGGAACAGCUUCACCUCUGGGUGUUCCUCAACAGGUCAUCCUUAUAAAUGGGCAAUUCCCUGGACCUAGACUAGAUGCUGUCACUAACAACAACCUUAUCAUCAAUGUCAUCAAUAAUCUGGAUGACCCUUUUCUCUUGACAUGGAAUGGAAUCAAGCAGAGGAAGAACUCGUGGCAAGAUGGUGUGUUAGGGACUAAUUGCCCUAUCCCUCCUAACUCGAACUACACUUACAAGUUCCAAACUAAAGAUCAGAUUGGAACCUACUCAUACUUUCCAUCAACUCUAAUGCACAAAGCUGCUGGAGGGUUUGGAGGACUAAAUGUAUAUGCAAGAUCUGUUAUCCCUGUACCAUACCCGAAGCCUGCUCAGGAUUUUACUCUUCUUAUUGGUGAUUGGUUUAAGACCAGCCAUAAGGUAUUGCAGCAGCAAUAUUUGGACUUGGGCAAAUCUCUUCCCUUUCCUGAUGGCAUCCUUAUAAAUGGGCAGACUCAAUCUACCUUCAGCGGUGAUCCAGGAACCACCUACAUGUUCAGAAUUUCAAACGUGGGCUUGUCAACCUCUUUUAAUUUUAGGAUUCAGGGCCACAAAAUGAAGCUGGUUGAAGUGGAGGGAUCUAAUGUUGUUCAGAACAUGUAUGAUUCUCUUGACGUGCAUGUUGGCCAAUCAAUGUCUGUUCUAGUGACUUUGGAUCAGCCUCCGAAGGACUACUAUGUUGUUGCAUCUACAAGGUUUACACAGAGUAUUCUCACGGCUACAUCUGUCCUACACUAUACAAACUCCCAGUCUGCAGUUUCAGGACCUUUGCCUGCUGGUCCGACUAGCGAAAUAGACUGGUCUAUGCAGCAAGCCAGAUCUCUCAGGUGGAACUUGACAGCAAAUGCAGCCCGUCCAAAUCCGCAAGGGUCAUUUCAUUACGGAAAGAUCACCACAACGAGGACCUUUGUAUUUGCCAACUCAGCACCUCUUAUCAAUGGCAAUCUGCGAUAUGCUGUUAACAGGAUCUCCUAUAUUGAUUCUGAUACCCCUCUCAAGCUUGCCGAUUAUUUCAACAUCUCCGGAGUCUUUGAUAUGAAUUCGAUCCAAAGUGUUCCCUCUGAAGGCCCUGCAUCCCUAGCUACAUCCGUUGUACCUGUCUCUCUCCAUGAUUUCAUUGAAGUUGUUUUCCAAAACAACGAAAACGCAAUCCAAUCGUGGCAUCUUGACGGUUAUGAUUUCUGGGUUGUUGGAUAUGGUUCCGGACAGUGGUCAGAUGCCAGUAGGAAAACAUACAAUCUAGUCGAUGCUCUUACGAGACACACUGCUCAGGUGUAUCCUAAUUCUUGGACCACCAUAUUGGUCUCUCUGGACAACCAAGGCAUGUGGAAUAUGAGGUCUGCAAUAUGGGAAAGGCGGUACUUAGGGCAGCAAUUCUAUCUCAGAGUGUUCACCCCAAUUCACAACCUUGCAAAUGAAUAUGACAUUCCUUCUAAUGUCCUUCUUUGUGGCCAAGCCGUUGGACACCACCCAUGAUUUACUUGAUCAUAUGUACCCAGCAUUCUGUUUUUUCGGUCAUGAGGGUUUGACUGCAGAGAAGACAUGUUUUCUAUACAUUCAGGCGGCUUGGUUUGUAAAAUUGCGAAAAUUGUAGGCUGAUCAUUUAGUUUUUGGCUAAGCUAGCUAUAGGUCAAUAUUAUUUUUAUGGAAUGAUUAUGAGAUCAUUUUCAAGGAUUUAUAUUGGAAAAUUAAUUUAAUUGAUGGCUUCUUAUUCA